AUGGAAGACGUUGGUCAGCCACUACCCCGUGAAGCCUCGGGUUUGAUCACAUGGGCCUUGGAAGAGACGCGUGGUUUGCAGCAGAAGUCCGUCGCGGCACACGUUCUGAAAGAGGGCUUGGUGCAUUUAGCGCUUCAGAAGUAUUUGGUCCUCAGCAAGGAGCUGGACAUGCUAGGCCGGACGCAUGGGACAGCUGAGCACUCACUAGUCGUCUCUCUAGCUUUUUUGGAUGGUUCUAUGUGGUGUUUCGGUGUUAAUCCUAAUAAUUAUGUAAUACAUGCCCCCUUGAGGUUGGUGUUUUCCUGGGCCAGCUAUAUAAAUUUGGUCCAGAGACACAAUGUUUCUCACAAAGUCAGACAUGCCCACGGUGCUGUGUUUGGUGUGCAUUUUUGCGGGCAGCUCUGA